GAGAGCAGGCGAGGCAUACGUUAUCUGGAGAGUAGAUUCCAACCUCGUAAUGUGUGCACGCGCGACACGUUUCUGUGCCGACUUUACUGUGGUGUUUAAUUAAUAACGAUGGUAACAAUCAGUUGCAGUUCAUUUUGCGGAGCAAUUACUUGGCCAUCCAUUGUUUUUCAUAGCAUGGGAUAAGCCCUCAGCCAACGGACGACGGUUCUGGUCAAUAAAUAUUUGGAACCACAACGACGAGCAAGUCAUGAAACCGAGGCGACUCUGUCACAUUUGCGGCUACCUCGUCACACGUUUGAGCACCCACAUCCUCACUCACACGAACAAGCGCCCUCAUCGUUGUCCAAAAUGCCAAGCGAGUUUCACCGCCCCCUGUCAUCUAAAAACGCACAUGAUCCAUCACACGGGCGAGCGACCCCAUCGGUGCUUCAUAUGCCAGCGAGACUUUGCCCAAAAAGGCUCCCUCACGAUCCACAUGCGCAGCCACACGGGCGAGAAGACCCACCGUUGCUCGUUCUGCGGGAAGCGCUUCAGCCGAUUGGACGUGCUCGCGACCCACGUGCGCACCCACACGGGCGAGCGGCCCUACCGGUGUUCCCAGUGCCCAAAAGCCUUUAGCGACCCCAGCAAUUUUUCAAAACACGUGCAGACCCACUCGGGCAAGCGACCGUCCCACAAUUGCUCCCUGUGCCACCGAGCCUUCGUCCAAAAGGAGACCCUGGAGGCCCACGUGCUCACGCACGCCCGUGAAAUCGUUCACAGGUGCGUGCUGUGUCAAAAAAAAUUCACUCGAGCCUACGUCCUCAAGAUGCACAUGCGCACCCACACCGGGGAAAAGCCGUACAAGUGCACCGUUUGCCCGCAAGCCUUCAGCCAAAAGGGCUCCCUCACGGUCCACAUGCGGGCCCACACGGGUACGGUUCACGUGUCGUGUAGCGUGUGCCAGCGAGACUUCACCGAUUCGAGCGGCUUUUCCAAGCACAUGCGCUCCCACGCGGGCAUGCUCCCCUACUCCUGUCCCUUGUGCUCGAGGGCUUUUCUCGACUCCAGCAAUCUUACGAAGCACAUGAAAACUCACUAGGGAACGGGGAAGCCGUUUGGCGCGACGAGCGCGAAGAUAACAGUAUUUUUGGGUGUUGGAAUCUAUGUUCCACGUAAGGUUAUGGUGUUUUUUAUGUAGAGCCUUUUCUUCAAACUUGUAUAUUUAACUCAA